ACUCUUUUUGAUCGUUGAAUACAGGAUGGUUCGACCCAUAUUUGACUUCAUCCUUUGACAUUGUAAAGACUUGCGCGGGAAUGCUUGUCGAAUCCAUCUCGAGAGAACUUGUUGAAGACUGGAGGAGGGCGGAAUAGAUGCAAGUUGCGCCGUUUCGCGAUGGCAAUUGCCUGAAUUCCAAUCACAAAAUGACAAUGUUGGCGGUGUUCAUAGCAAUGACGUUUCACCACAAGAGCGGCUUCGUCUCUUCAUUGUCUCCACCACCAACUCCUCCAGUGCCAGACGUUUAUCAGAAUAUAUUUGUGUCAACACAUGAUCAACAGCAGUAUGAUUCGAAAAUACCGAAUUUGACGUAUGGAUUCAAAGUUAUUGAUCGAUGUUCUGUACGAACUCUAACUACGAAGGAGAAGAACAGCGGGAAAAGAAAAGUCUUCAAAGACGGCCAGAAACAAUGUUCCGGAGAUAUUGAAAUCAUCGACGCAUUGCUAGAAUGGAAUCCAAACGGGCUAAUCCCAUCGAAAUCACAGGCUAAACUGUCUUUAAAGUUUGGUAGAUUCCUUUUGUUCAAUGCCACAACUACUUCGGAUUCCAACAACGAUACGGGGCCCGAAGCUUGGAUAGAAAACGAAAAACCAGCCUCCACAUUGAGAGAUAAAGAAAACUCAGACAUCUUCAUGUCGCUCGAAACACUGCAAAACCAUAUCGGAAACACAAGGUCUAUAUUGGUACCAAACAAAACCGUGCUCGUUCUCCUGGAACCGAUUCCCAGCGUCAAUCGAUAUCCGUUGACUGUGACGAAGUACAUGUUCCCACCCAUCGACACAAUUUGUUCGGUACCUGUCAUCUACGAAGAUGAUCACCUAGCCGUGGUCAACAAGCCUGAAAAUAUGACCACCAUCGGCAGUACCAGUAAGACUGGUACGCAGACAAGAAUCGACGACUUGCAAUCGAUCCUCGGAUUUCUCUUGAGACCAUCACAACUCGAUCCUACCUAUUGCCCUCGUCCCAUUCAUCGGUUAGACCGUCGUACCAGCGGAUUGGUACUAAUUGCCAAGACGCAGAUGAGUAUGCGCAAACUCUCUCAAGCAUUUGCAGCGCGCACGGUUUGCAAGACGUAUUCAGCCCUUGUAUUCGAACGAGACCCUGACUUGUCCUCCCAACUUAGUGGUGGCGAUACUGCUGCGAAGUCUACACAGGGCUACGAAGCCAAUUUCACCGCUUCUCCAAAAACAACUGAUACAUCCACGAAAUGGCUCGUGGUGGAUUACCCCAUCGAGAAUCGAGAAUCCGUUUCGGAAAUUAGGAGGCUAACAACUUCGGUUCCUUUGUCGUCGUCCUCUCUCCACGCAGAUCAUCCCUUGCGGAGCGAAGAUGUUUCCAAUGGCCACAAUAACAAAUGCGAGACUGACACCAACUGCGAAAUAUUCUCGCUGGUUCAAGUUCGUCCGAAGACCGGGAGGACGCAUCAAAUCCGCAGGCACCUUUCCUACUGUUUGGGAAUGCCAAUCGUUGGAGAUUCGAAAUACGAUGGAGGAGCUAGACACUUGAGAACAAACGGAAUGUAUCUUUGCUGCCAUUCCUUGAAGUUUCCCCACCCUUGUCAAUCAGUUGCGACCAACGGAGAAGAUUGUAUCCGAAAGUGUUCGGAUGCUAUCGUAGAAUGGAUUCGUGAUGAAACCCAGAACCUCGUCAGCAGCUACCAAUAUAGUUCCGAUGAUUCGGACAUUCCCGAGAACAAAAUUAGUAUCAGCAUUCCACUACCUCCUAAAUUCAGGUAUUGGACGAGACAAGCAGAAAUCAGAUAAUGUUUAUGGAAAAUUCUAACACUAGCUAUUUUUUCAAAAGGCCUGUCAAGACUUCUGAUCUGUCGAAAAGACGACACAGCUACAAUUAUUUCAAGUUUUCGUCACAUGUACAAUAGGAUACUGUACUCGAGAGAUAGUUGACUUGCUUGCCUUCACCCAGCCCUUAUCUAUAGCCUUUCAACCUAAGAUGAACCCCGUGCAAGUACUUCAAUAUUACAGUUUUGUGCGCCCUCUAUGCAACGAAAGCAAUCGAAUUGAGAGAAGGCGCAAAGGAAACCUGCGAUGCACUUGGCUUUGAAACAAGGGUGUCUGCCACCACUGCUGCACUCAAAAGGCGAAAAAGAUUAUAGCAGCAAUGAUUCAUUCGCGGUCUUUGUGUUGCAUUCACAUCUGCUUGCUUCCUCACCUAUUCAAGAUGCAGUACAAUACGCAAGUUGAGACAUGAGGCAAUUUAUCGCUAGAGAGCAGCAGGUGGAUAAAUGUUGAGGAACUGUCCCCAAUUCAUUGCGUAGAUAACCGUGCAAAUACUAAUAGUCUAAAGUACGUUUAUCGUUUGGUGGCCGUGGGGAUAGAGCUUGAAAAACGAUGUGCAAUACUCAAUACUACGGAAAGUAUCAUUCACUAGAAUGGAAACUAAAUGACUCGAGAUAUC